GUUUCUUCGUGUAUCAUUACUAUUGGUGUGUGGAAAGUAGGUUUCCAGAUAAGACCGGGGAAAGGUUACUAUAUGAGGCGAGGUGGGACGACUACAGCGUCUUUAGUAGACUUACCACGAGUCAGGAGUCACGAGACACUAUGCUUGUGUUGGUACUGGCGGCGCUAGCGGCCUCCGCCUCGGCGGUGAACGUCACCAUCGGCAACCACUGGAACGGCGGCUUCCAGGCGAAGGCCUGCAUCCCGAUCACCACAGAACUUCAUAGCUGGAAGGCACACGUGAAGUUCUCGGAGGCUGUUGAUACCUUAGAAUGCGGCACAGCCGAUGUCCUGAAGACGGAUGGUGGAAAAGAAUUCAUCCUCACGAACAAAAAGUGGAACGCAGAUGAACACACUGGCGAUACACUCUGUCUGGACAUUGUCGGUCACACAAGUGGUGAUAUCACCCCGACGACCACCCUCACAAUAGAGGGGAAUGUGGCCGGGGCAACCCAGGCCCCUCCGAAGGUGGUACACACAGGAGGUGGUACAGAAAGAUACAACUAUGGUGAGGCUCUUGGCAAGUCCAUCCUGUUCUACGAUGCUCAGAGAUCAGGCAAACUUCCGGCCAACAACCCCAUCAAGUGGCGAGGUGACUCCGCCCUGGGAGACAAGGGAGACAACGGCGAGGAUCUGACUGGAGGGUGGUAUGAUGCUGGUGACCACGUCAAGUUCAGUUUACCCAUGGCUAGUACUUCGACCGUGUUACUCUGGGGAUACCUACAAUGGAAAGAUGCCUAUGCUUCCACCAAACAAACAGACAUGUUCUUUGACAUGAUCAAGUGGCCCUUGGACUACUACUUGAAGUGCUGGAUUCCAGCAAGUCAGACUCUGUAUGCACAGGUUGGAGAAGGAAAUGAUGACCACCACUUCUGGGGCCGCGCUGAGGACAUGACGAUGGCCAGACCCGCCUACAAACUCACACCAAGCAAACCUGGGUCCGAUGUUGCUGGGGAGAUUGCUGCAUCCAUGGCUGCUGGGUAUCUGGCGUUCAAACAGAGAGAUUCUGCCUAUGCGACCAAACUCCUGACUGCAUCCAAGCAGAUCUAUGAAUUCGGAAAGAAGUACCCUGGUAAAUACAGCCAGAGUAUCCCGGAUGCCGGCCAGUUCUACUCAUCAAGUGGCUACAAGGAUGAGAUGUGUGAAGGAGCUAUGUGGCUGUACAGAGCUACAGGGGACAAGUCCUACCUGGCCGAUGCCAAGGGAUACCACGAGAAUGCUUGGGCGUGGGCUCUAGGAUGGGACGACAAGAAGAUCGCUUGCCAGCUGCUCCUGUACGAGGCUACCAAAGACACUGACUACAAGAACGAAGUGGAGGGCUUCUUCCAAGGCUGGCUCCCUGGCGGCUCCAUCACCUACACUCCAUGUGGACAGGCAUGGAGAGACCAGUGGGGCUCCAACAGAUAUGCAGGUGAUGCAGCAUUCGUCGCCCUGGUGGCUGCUGAUGCUGGUCUGGACACUGCAAAAUACCGGGAGUGGGCGGUGGGGCAGAUGAACUACAUCCUCGGGGACAACAACUACGGCAUCAGCUACCAGAUUGGCUUCGGCACAAAAUACCCCAGGAAUCCGCAUCACAGAUCCGCCUCCUGCCCUGACAUUCCAGCUCCCUGCUCCGAGGCUAACCUACACACCGCUGGCCCCAGUCCUCACAUCCUUGUGGGAGCGAUUGUUGGAGGUCCUGGUAAAGACGACUCCUACAAGGACAACAGGGAGGACUACGUCCACAACGAGGUGGCCUGCGACUACAACUCCGGCUUCCAGUCUGCUCUCGCUGGUCUAACGCAUCUUGUAAACAUCAAGGAACUGCCAGCCAUUCCUGCGCCAAAGUGUCAUGGUUCAACAAAGUGAAUGUUUUAAAUAAAAUAAAAUAUGGAAUAUUUUUA